AGACUUGAUUGUGAACGGUUGUUUCUUAUCAAAAUCUCGUAUUUUCAAAUAAACUAGGGAACAUAAAUUUAAUGUAUCAAAUAUACGUAGCAUUUUAAAAUGCCACAAAACUACGGUAUGAAUUCAUCGCCAAAUUCUAAUACUCAAAUUAAAGGCGAAGUUAGUGAUUUCCGUCGUGCACUGCCUCAAUUUUGUGUGGUCGGUGUAAAGAAUUUGAUUUUAUUGGGAUGGGGGUUCAUUUUAGGUUAUCCAACUAUUUUAUUGCCUGGUUUGGAAAGUAAAAGGGAUAAUUCGACGGCAGAACCAGAAUUUUUGCUAACUAACGAAGAGAAAAGUUGGAUUGGUUCCAUCAAUUUGUUGUGUGUUCCAUUGGGUAGUUUAACAUCGGGCUUACUAAUGGACGCACUUGGAAAACGUAGAAUGAUGCAGCUUUUGAAUUUUCCGAUGAUGGCUGCAUGGGCAAUAUUUUACUUUUCAAAAAAUAUUACACACAUUUAUUUUGCACUUGGAUUAUCUGGAAUGAGUGGUGGGCUAUUAGAGGCGCCGUUGUUAAUUUACAUCGCCGACACGGUAGAACCUCAAUAUCGUGGCAUGUUAACAGCGUUCGGAACAGGUGUUGUAUUGGGUGGUGUGUGCUUACAAUUUAUCAUGGGUUCAAUGCUGCAUUGGCGAACGGUGGCUGCAAUUUCGGCUAUUGCUCCUUUCGUUGCAUUUAAUGCUGUAUUUUUAGUGCCUGAAAGUCCACUUUGGUUAUAUCAGAAAAAUCGUAUUCAAGAAUCUCAAAAGUCGUUGCAGUGGUUACGAGGGUGGGUAUCGUUUAAAGCAGUCGAAACCGAAUUUCAAGGAGUUAUUCGCGCAGUUGAAAAGCUCCGAGCUGAUAAAAAAAAUCGUCCCGUUAAAACGUGGAGAAAUACACUGGAACGAUUUAUGAAACGCGGUUUCAUUUUGCCAUUCAGUUUAAUAUUUGUCAGUUUUAUAUUUCAACACUUUUCCGGAAUAACGCCACUUCAAACGUAUGCUUUCGAUAUUUUGAUAUUUUAUCGUGUUCCAAUCGACGAAUAUUAUGCCACCAUUUUCCUUGGGGCCGCACAAGUAAUUGGUUGCUUAAUUGGUACAGUAUUUAUACGAUCAACAGGAAAAAGACCUCUGGUAUUCGCCUCGUUCAUUGGAUGUGGCUUAUGCUUUUUUGGAUUGUCGAUGCUAUCAUAUCUUAGUGAACAUGUUGAAACGAAUGACAUUUAUCGUUGGCUACCAUUUAUAUUAUUAUUACUCGGCACGAUGCUUGGUCAUAGUGGUGCAAAAUUGUUUCCAUGGAUGUUAAUCGGAGAGAUCUAUCCAUUGGAUGUCCGUAAUGUGGCAGCUGGUAUAUCGAGUGCGAUCGGUUAUUUGGUUGGAUUUGUCUCGAAUAAAACAUACAUUUCAUUGACCUCUAUGUUCACACUGAACGGGACAUUUUGGAUUUAUUCAGCUGUAUCUGUGUUGGGGUGUGUGACUUUAUUCUUUAUUUUACCCGAAACAGAGAAUAAAACACUGGAACAUAUCCAAGAAUUUUUCACUGCAAGUAAGACUAAGCGACCCAACCAACAUGAUGAAAAAUGUAAUGAGACCAAUACUAACAUAUAAGAAUAAAUAACAACGAUAUUUUCCCACAUUUCAUAA